GCGCCGCCUCUCUGCCCUGCCAAACGUCGUCUGUUUUCCUCUUCGUAAUUCACAUAUUUAUUCACAAGAUGUGGAAACCGCCUUUGCACUCCGAGGGACGCGAACCGAUGCGUUGGGAUUUGUAUGAGAGAAAUAAUGAAUAUGCGGAACAGUGUGGCGAGCGGCGAGAAGGAACUCUGGCUCUGGAGGACCUUCACAGACAGCUGCAGCGGGAGACGGAGAAUCUGUUUCGGUGGAAGGCCUCGAAUGAGGUGAACACGAAGCAGCUCGAGCGACAGCUGAACGAGGCUCAGGUGACCAUCGCUGACCAGCGCCGGAAUCUGAUGGAGCUGCAGCUGAACUCGGAGAACCUCUCACAAAGCCUACUCAAGGAGCGCCAGGAGAGGGACUUGAUCGCGGCCAAGGUAAUGCACACUCGCCAACUGUCCCUCGCACUUGUACAGCAGAAAGAAGAACUUGCGAGUACCCUCUCACUUCUUCUGCAGGAAAAGGACCUGUUAAGUGCUGCACACAGUAAUACGGUCCAGAAGAUAAAUGAAUUGUCAGGAGGGCUCCGUGAUCUUUGUGUGACACACAGGCAGCAACUGGGCAGCAUUACAACUCAAGCUGCAAGAGAAGUGAGGCAGCUGCAGAAUGAAAUCACGUCUAAGGAGCAAGAACUGAACAAAUCAAAGGCGUCACUUUCAACACUCGUCCAACUUCAGUCCGAGUACGAACAGAAAGUUACAGAGCUGACGGAGCUCCUGAAGACUAGAGAAGAAAGUUCUUCGAUCGCCCGAGAGAAAAAUAUUUUUCUCGAAUCGGAGAGAGAUGAGGUUAAAAGCUCUUUAGAGCGUAUUCGGGCGGAGAUGGAGGAGCAAAAGCGGGCAUCGGCUGCACAGCUGACCAAUCUGAAGGAGGAAUUAAAAGAAGAAAAGUAUCGCCGAGUAGAGAGUCAAAAAGAAUUCGAGGAAGCGGUAGAGAAGAUACAGUAUCUGAAGACAGCAAACGACACAUUGGAGGGCAGCAAAGCCGAGAUCCUGGAUAAACUCGAGGCUGUGGCAACUCGAAAACAAGAAUUGGAGAAGGACCUCCAGCACGGUGGCAGCAUGCUGGCAGCCCUACGAACAGAAUACUUCGAAGUGACACAACGAGCCAACUUCUUAUCCCAGUGUCUUGGGGAAAUGCAAACGAAGUUCUCACAUUUGGAAUCGGAUUUUAGAGACAUGCAGAUGGAGAAACAAUCUCUUCUUGCUCAGUUGGAUGAAGCAAAAGGACUUUUACACGAAGAACGACAGCGCGUUUGUCAUCAGAAGGAAAAAAUAUUGGAACUAAGCCAAGAUCUCGAGAUAAAGGAAGAAGAACGAAUGACUGAACUGGAAACCUGUCAAGAAUUAAAUAAAAUGCGUGUAGUUACUGAACAAUUGACUAAAAUGUCCCAGGAAAACGCAGAGGUUGCAGCCAAGAAACAAGAGGACAGGGCAUUUGCAGCAGAUAGGAAAAUUAGCUCUUGGCAAGCCGAGGUGAAAUCCCUUACUGAACAGCUGAGUCAUGUUCGAAAUGAGUGGGCAGCAGAACACGAGAAUUAUGAGCGGAUGAUCCAGACUAUUACCACCAGUGCGUCCGAAACAGAAGCAGAACUGAAGAGACGGAUUUCUGAAAUGGAAGACCAGUAUAUCAAAGAUAUAGGCGAAUCAGUGGACAUUGAACGGGAAAGGAAAGAGCAACAGGCACUCGUUGAGUCUCAAAAAAAUUAUAUUAAACAACAAGAAAAGGAGCUCAAAUCUAAAGCCAGGGCCUUAACUCGGGAAAUUAAGAAAAGAGAGAAGGCGCAGGCAUCUCAAGAAACUUGGAAGAAGAAGUUCCAAAACAAAGAAAGCGUGCGAGUGAAGCUUCGGUCGGAUCUCCAGGAGACUGUGCGCGGCCAAGAAGAGGCGCUCAAACUGCACGAGGAGAAGCAGAAGGCGCUGCAGGAAGAACUACAAAAUAAAGCCAGCGAGAUCAGCGGACUUCGGGAUUUGGCUCGCACACACGAAACGAACCUGCAGGAGACGCAGCAGAAGGUGGUCGACCUGCAGGAGGUUCUCGAGGCUGCUCUUGGUGAACUGAAUGUCCUACGAGACACGGAGGACGCAAGGGACAAGGCAUUCGAGGAGCUCAAGUGCCAGUCCACCGAGGUUAAACUAAGCCUGACGAAUCAACUUCAAGAAAAAGAAGAACAGCUCGCAACAUCCUCUAACAUCUGCGACCGGUUGCAAGGCGAUGUUGCAAGCUUAAAACGGUGCUUGGAAGAACAGCGUUCCAAACAUUUGGCAGAAGUUCGGGCUUUCGAAGAGGCAGUGGAUGAGGCGCAGGAAGAAAUGAAUCGAGCCAAGCAGGAGGUGAUAAAGGUUAACAAGGAGAAGGACGACGCCGUGCAAAAGGCCGAUACGAAAGUGAAGGAUAUGCUAAGUAUCAUCGAGCAAUACAGAUCUGAAAAUGAGGCGAACAUGAAGAAAAUAACCGCAGAGCUACUAGAAACGCAGCAGAAGCUCUCAAUGAAAGAGGCAGAUAUCGCAGAUGUAUCAUCAGCAAACACGAAGCUCCUUGUCGAAGCAGUGGUUAGAACAUCGACAACCGUAAUGCCGAAGCCAAAUACCUAUUCAGAAGUGACAUCGUUCCCUUCUGGUGAUGAACUAGCCACUCCGAGCCCGCGAAAGUAUAUUCCCUACAUGUUUCCUCUUCGUGCAUUGCGUAGAGAAGCACCCAGAACUAGAGCAAUACCGAUGCCAGUGUCUUCUGAGGAAAGCCGGAAGCAACCAGGUAUUCUGAAGACGAAGCUGAGACGUACCCUCGUACCCGUUUCACAGAAGAAACGUGUCGUCUUCAGUUCUUCAUUGCCUCGGGCCACGAGGACGACGACCGCAGAGAUUCCAGCGCUGACUCGAAAGUCUGUGAGGUUAAAUCAAAGAGAUAUAUAGAUUAAGAUCCAACAGUCCACUUAGUCCGAAGAAGAGACAUAGUGUGGGGAAUCGACAAGCAAAGAUUGCUGUUACAAAUACUGACUGGAUUACCACUUGCAGCAGCAGAUACUAGUGAAUUAAUGUGUUGUUAUAAUCGUGUUUAUUAAAUAGUAUUGUUUUGUAAACACGGUUUUUACAUACAGCAGUGAAACGGGGAGGUACUUUUUCAGAAUUGUUACAAAACUCUGUAGCAAGUAUUCAGAUUUAUUAUAUAUAGCUGAUACCUACAUUCUCCUAAAGGAUAGAGAGAUAUUACUUUUUUGUUCAAAAGUAGUUUUAAAAUAGCAUUUGUUUAAAGGGCCUAGUGUGUUUUUUUUCUUUUUAAGCUAAACUACGAAGCUGAAAAGUAAUCAGUCAAAAGAAGUAUUGACAUAUAACUCCAUUUUGUGAAAUAUACUUAUGAUGAGGGACAAUAAAAUGUUUCACAUUGUGUUUUUUUCUUUUUUUUCUACUUACCAAAAUUAACUUAAUAUUAUUAAAUAUCACAGUUCAUCAUUUUACUUAAGUGUUGUUUUCUACAUAUUUAUUAUCUAGACAAAAAGGGGAAAAGGUUUUGUAAAGUCUAUUUACUGGGAAAACUCCAAAUUCUGUAUUUAAUAUAUCUUACACUGGUCAAGUAUUUUCUAAUGUUACAGAAAGAGUUCAUUUUACAGGUUUCCUAGUUUUAGCUACAUGUAAUGUGUAGAUGAAAAUAGAUUGAAAGAGAUGGUUUACAAUUAAAGAAGUGGAAGUAGGUAUUAUUACAAUGUAACCGGAAAAUGUUUCAGAUUUUGUCAUGUAUGAACAAACUGUAUUUUUUCACAAUAAUUUUGCAAGUUAUAUUUUCAUCUGAUUCUGUGAAAGGAAAAAGAUUAUCCAAUCCCCGUUGACCAUAGAGCGAAUAUGAUAAUGAUAUGCCUUGAUUAAUCAGAUAUGCUUCCAGUUUCGUUUUUGCGUUUGUAGAUUUUUUUCUUAAUUCACAGCGGAAUCUGAAACGUUCAAAUGGGAACAUAAAGACUGUGUAUAUUUCGAUAUGUUUCUGUCCACCCAAACAUAGGCUUCAGGAUCUGUCAUAAAAUGCUUUCAUAUACAGAAAUCAGAUUUAUUGCAUAUGUUAGUUAACAAUAAUAA